GCCACAAUGAUUGUCAACUGUUUCAUCACCUUGAUGGUUCUUGCCACAUCAGUCAAUGCUUUUUCCUGCCUUGAAGACGGUCGGACCUUCUACCAUGCUGAUGUCUCUACAGGAUGUCAGGUGUACCACUUAUGCGAAAAUAGUGUGCUUCAAACAUUAUCCUGCCCAUCAGGUCAAGCCUUUGACUAUCAGACAUCCCAAUGCCAAGAUGCAACAACUGUCCAGUGCUACGAAACCCUGCACCACUUGCACAAACGAUCAAUCUCGGAAGUCCAUACCAUCUCCAUCGAACAGCUGAAGGUCACUGCUGUCAGCUUGUACCGCAAGGUCAGACCAAUGGUUGCAGAAGCUGUGAAGAGUGUGUCCCCAAGCAUUUAUGCCACUAUUGAAACCGACUACUUGCCGACUAUUUAUGCCAUUCGUGAUGACGUGUGGCCGAUCAUCAAGGAAAAGGUGUGGCCCCAGGUUCAGAAAUUGGUUGCAUAUGCCAGACGCAUGGGUGGUAAAUUGUUCGAGAGGAUAUACAGAUCUUAUGAAUUGUCUAACUCAACUCACAUAAGCAUUGUCUCCAUUUCGGACAUUAUUCAAGAGUUCAAUAAGGAUCUGCAGCCCGUUUUGAAAUUAGGACGCUAUUUUGCUUCCAGGCUUAUUUCCUCUGCACGAGCUUAAAGUGUAAAUUAGUGUUAUGUUUCAUUCAUCAGUGAUUCAUAUUGUUAAA